AAUCUUCCUUGUAAUAUGCGUUUUAAGAAGGAAAAUAUCAUCCUUGUUGGAUUAAUGCCAGGAUCUAAAGAAGCAAGUAAAUCAGACAUUAACAACUAUCUGAAGCCUCCUGUCGAUGAACUGGAGUUGUUGUACAAAGGAAUGAAUAUCAGAACUCACCAACACCCAGAAGGUAUCCCCAUCUGUACUGCUCUUUUCAUGGUCGCAUGUGAUAUCCCUGCCGCAAGAAAAGUAUGUGGGUUCACAUCUCACACCAGCACCAAUGCAUGCCAUAAAUGCAACCGUAAAUUCACCUGGUUAAAUGGAACAAGCUCUGUAGGCUGCACAAAAGAAGAAAAUCGCAGACAUGCAAACCUGUGGAAGAAUGCAAAGACAUUGACAGAGAGAAAGCGAUUGGAGAUUGAAAAUGGUGUUCGUUGGUCUGAGCUUCAUCGACUUGUGUACUUUGAGCCAGUGCAUGCAACCAUUAUCGAUCCCAUGCACAACCUUUUUCUCGGGACUGCAAAA